AUGGAGUCGUUCGUCAUCAAGACCCCGUGCUCGAGCGCAAACAUCGGGCCCGGCUUCGAUGUCAUCGGUCUCGCCCUCACCAUCUAUCUCGAACUCCACGUCACGAUCGACCGGUCCAAGACGUCGACGGAGCACCCGCUCAACUGCAAAAUCACCUACGAGGGCCAGGGCGAGGGCACCGACGACAUCAGUCUCGACCCGCAGAGCAAUCUAAUCACCCGCGUUGCGCUGUAUGUGCUGAGAUGCCAUGACCAGCGUGCGUUCCCGGUGGAGACGCAUGUGCAUAUAAAGAACCCGAUUCCGCUGGGCAGAGGACUGGGAAGUUCGGGUGCUGCUGUGGUUGCGGGUGUUAUGCUGGGCAAGGAGGCUGGCGGGUUGAAGGAUCUGGAUCUGGAUCGACUGUUCGACUAUUGUUUGAUGAUUGAAAGACAUCCUGACAAUGUUGGUGCUGCCUUGUUUGGUGGCUUCGUCGGAACGUACCUUAUGCCGUUGAACCCCGAAGACGCUGCGAGAAUAGAAAUUCCUCUUUCUGAAGUCCUUCCGUCCCCGGCUGGUGGUGUCGACACGGGAAAGAAACCUCCCUCACCACCAGUCGGCAUUGGCCACCACAUCAAGUUCCCUUGGGCCAAGGAGAUUAAGGCUGUUGCCAUCAUUCCCGAUUUUAUUGUGCCAACGGCUCAGGCGAGAGCUGUGUUGCCAGAAAAGUAUCCCCGACCCGAUGUGACCUUUAACCUUCAACGAAUUGCCCUCCUACCCGUCGCUCUGGGCCAGUCACCUCCUGACCCCGAACUCAUCCAUCUUGCCAUGCAGGACAAAAUCCACCAGCCGUACCGCCAGACCCUCAUCCCGGGUCUCACCGAAGUUGUGGAGUCCAUGUCCCCCAAGACACAACCCGGCUUCCUGGGCGUGUGCCUUUCUGGUGCUGGUCCUACGAUUUUGGCGCUUGCCACGAGCAACUUUGAAGAAAUUGCGAAUAGAAUCAUUGCCACGCUGAGGCAAUACAAUGAGAAGAAGGACCUGGCUUGCCAAUGGAAGAUUUUGGAGCCUGCUGAGGGUACGCAUGUUGUUCGAUAG